AUGGCUGCUGCCAUUGGCCACAUGGAAGCUUUUAACGAAAGCGUCGAACCGUGGACCACAUACAUCGAACGAUUUGAACACUUCAUAAAAGCAAAUAGGAUUGAGGCCGAAAAGAAAGUGCCUGUGCUACUCAGUGUGAUCGGAGGAAAAACAUAUGGACUACUCCGAAGUCUUAUCGCACCAGAAAAACCGGGAGAGAAAAGCUUCAAGCACAUUACAGACACGCUACAGCAGCACUUCUCGCCGAAGCCCCUGGUCAUCGCGGAGCGUUUUCGUUUCCAUCGGCGGAAUCAGGAGGAGAGCGAGUCGGUGACACAGUAUGUUGCAGUGCUUAGAGGGUUGUCAGAACACUGUGAAUUUGGGGGACAUUUGGAUGAUGCACUUCGCGAUAGAUUUGUGUGUGGCCUAAAGAGUGAGGCUACUCUAAAACGCUUGUUGACUGAGUCUACGCUGACGUUUCAGAGAGCGGUAGAGUUGGCGGUCUCCAUGGAAACAGCGUCACGUGAAGCACACCAACUCAGCGGAUCACUGACGGUAAAUGCACUGUCUUUAUCAAAGAGUAAGACUGGGAACAAAUGCAAACGAUGCGGAAAAAAUAACCAUAAUGAUGAUGAUUGUUGGUUUAAAGACAAAAACUGUAAUGUUUGUGGAAAAAAAGGCCAUAUCAGUCGCGUUUGCAGGAAAAGUAACGUUUAUGAUGACAGAAAAACAAAGAGUGGAAAAACAGCAAAAGCUGCAGGGCCAACGAAAGCAUUUAAGCAGAAAGGCUACAUAAAAAAGGGAAAUGUACACCGCCUUGAUGCUGAUGCAGUGUCUAAUGAGGAUGACACAGACUCAGAUUUAGCUCUGUAUAAACUGUCGCAGCCAGGAGAAAAGUCUAGUAUCACCGUGAAACCAGAAAUUGAAGGUACACCACUGGAAAUGGAACUGGACACGGGCGCAGCAGUGUCAUUGAUCUCAACAGAGACUUAUGAUCGAAUAUUGAAACACCUGCCCCUAUGCUCAACGGACAUUGUUCUUCGAACAUACAUUAGGCAAGCAUUGAACUGGAAAGAAAUUAAAACAGUCAGAUUGAAGACACUCGAAUCUGUGUUGCAGAAACUUGCUGCUAUUUUCUCUACACAUUUGGGAGAAAUGAAGAACAUCACCGCUAAAAUAACAUUGAAACCUGAAAACAAACCCAAGUUUUGCCAGCCCAGAGUCGUUCCGUAUGCUCUUCGUCCAAAAGUCGAAGCGGAGCUGAAACGUCUCACUGAAAUUGGAGUAUUGUCACCAGUAGAGCAUAGUGAAUGGGCUACUCCGAUAGUUCCUGUUGUAAAGAAAAAUGGAGACGUGCGCAUCUGUGGUGAUUUUAAGGUGACGAUAAACCCUGUCUUACACAUUGAACACUAUCCAUUACCACGCAUUGGACUGGAGCAGUUUGGGUUGCAUGCUGAAAAAGGGAAAUGUGACUUUUUCAAGGACUCACUGGAAUACUUGGGUCACAUAAUUGAUGCAGAAGGUUUGCACAAGUCACCUAAAAAAGUACAUGCAAUUGUCAAUGCGCCAAUUCCAUCAAACAUCACACAGCUAAGAUCAUUUCUAGGCCUGUUAAACUAUUUUGGGAGAUUCAUACCCAAUCUGGCAAACAUAGCGAAUCCUUUGAAUGCCCUGUUGUGUAAAGGGAAACGCUGGCAGUGGUCUGAGGAGUGUGAUGCUGCAUUUAAAAAGGCAAAAUAACAAUUGGUGUCACAAAAUGUUUUGACACACUAUGACCCUCAGAAUGCAAUUCGGCUUGCAUGUGAUGCAUCACCUUAUGGCAUUGGUGCCGUCAUUUCCCACAUGCUACCCAGCGGUGAAGAAAAGCCAAUAGCUUUCGUAUCACGCACACUUAGCAAGGCAGAACAGAAUUAUGCACAGAUUGAGCGCGAGGCUCUGGCCAUAGUGUUUGGGGUCAGAAAAUUCCAUCAAUAUCUUUACGGGCGGAAAUUCACGCUUUUCAUGGAUCACUGCCCCCUUACUACGAUCUUUGGGCCACAAAAAGGAAUUCCGUCUAUGGCGGCAGCACGGAUGCAAAGGUGGGCAUUACUUUUAUACAAUAGAAUGGAGAAACUCCCUGUCAGUGCCACGGAUAUCCGACGUGAGACUAUGAGUGACUCAACCUUGUCUACAGUCGUCGAAACGGUCAUAAAAGGGACCCAAGCUGUCAACCUGACUGGUAAUAAUGAACUCUCACCUUUCAUCUCCAAACGCGCAGAGCUGUCCGUCCAACACGGGUGCUUAAUGCGGGGCAUGAGAGUUGUGGUUCCCCUUAAGCUGCGGAAAAGAGUACUGGAGGAACUGCACACUGGCCAUCCAGGAAUUGUCAGAAUGAAAGCCAUUGCUCGCAGUUAUGUGUGGUGGCCUGGUAUUGAUGCUGACAUUGAACUGUGCAUGAAAAUGUGUCAGUCAUGUCAACAAAUACAGAAAAUGCCAACCCAAGCACCCCUCCACCCAUGGGAGUGGCCAAGCAGACCAUGGGAACGUAUUCAUGUAGAUUUCGCUGGCCCAUGUGAGGGUCACAUGUACCUAGUCGUAGUUGAUGCACAUUCGAAGUGGCCUGAGGUGCAGUUGAUGACAUCAACAACAGCAGGGAGGACAAUUGAAGUUUUGCGGAACCUUUUCAGUCAUUAUGGACUGCCUGAAGUCCUGGUGAGUGAUAAUGGACCACAAUUUGUCUCUCAGGAGUUUGUAACUUUCCUGAAGGCCAACCAUGUGAAGCAUAUCCGUUCAGCCCCAUAUCAUCCUGCAACCAAUGGGCAGGCUGAAAGGUUUGUUCAGUCGCUAAAACAAGCAUUGAAGGCAUCUAAGGGCUCUUCCACUGUUCAGAGACGGUUGGAAACAUUCUUGCUGACGUAUCGCAACACACCACAUCCAACGACUAGAGAGGCCCCUUCUAUGUUGUUUUUGGGACGACAACUGCGCACACGGCUGGAUGCCUUGAAACCCAGUGUGACAGCUGCCGUGCGACUCUCACAGACCUCCCAGGUCCUCCGCCGUGCUGGUCGUUCAAAACCAAGACAGUUUGGAGUCGGCGAUGCAGUUCUGGCUCGUGAUUACAGAGGGAGAGAAAGAUGGACAUCAGGUGUGGUGACGGCUCAAAGUGGUCCAGUGUCUUAUAAUGUGGAUGUAGGAACUUCUGCGGAAUGGCGACGCCAUGCUGAUCAACUCUUGUCCAUUCCGAAUCAAGCAGCUGAAACUCAGGUGACACAACCACCUGACAUCAGUGAUGUACCGGUUCCUCUACAGACCUCUGUAAAUGAAACUUCUUCAGCACCACCAACCAGGGAACAGGAUGUUAACAGUGACCCAUCAGAGUCUCAGAUAAAUCAUGGCAAACUCAACAUUCCAUCAGUGCAGGUCAGACGUUAUCCAGCCAGAGUGAUUAAACCGCCCAAUCGUCUGACAUUAUAAAGCCAUGAGAAACUCCUGUUGAACUGAAAUGUAAUUA